AUUGGCUCAGUGCAGCCGACCGGCAACAGCAAACACACUAUAACACCAUGCCUGUCUCAGAAUCCGUAUCAGGCGAGGAGAGCCGCUCGUCUAUGCACACACGCAACGGAGAGAGGGACGCGAGGAGCCUCGGCGCGCCGCGACACGCAGCUGAACGCGGUCCAACGCUACAGAACUGCUGCCUCCGCCGCGCACUAAGCCAGCACAUACCACGGGAGAGGACAGAGCGAGGCGAGGAGGAGAGGAGGAGGAGGAGGAGAGAAGGAGUUGAGUUCGGAGCGUAACGAGAGAAGAGGAGGAUCGCGCCGCUGCGAAGACGAGAGACAGUGAGAGUGGGAGAGAGAGAGACAGAGAGAGAGAGAGCCCACACAGCAGCUUGACAGCGCCGUAAAGUGCUUCAGAGAACGACUGCACGCCUCUCCUCAACUCUCUGCUCUUCGCUGCGAUGAGAAACUCUCACUGCUGAAGGAGUGGAGGAGUGGAGGACUGGAGAGUGCGUCUCUCUCGCUCCACACGUGUGUCUGCCUGGCUGAUUGCGGAACACCUGGCCUGUCAAGAAGAAUACUCUAGAACUUUUGAGACCCUCGACUCUGACGUCUGGUGGGCUGUUUUUGAGAGUUAGUCUCGAGAUAAAGUUCAGCUUAGGGAUAGUCAUUAGAUAAAGUUCAGGUUAGGGUUUAUCAUUCGAUGAAGUAGAGGCUAGGGUUAGUUUGUUUUUGCUGUCAUUGCAUGGCAACCCUGGGUUUCUCAUGGCGUGUUACUACAUAGUCAUCAGCUCCACCCAUCUGAGCAACGGACACCUGCGCAACAUCAAAGGGGUGUUCCGAGGACCGCUCCGGGAAAAUGGAACCAGAAACCUGGACUACGCUGAGAGGGAGAGGACGAUGGCGUCCGCUCUGGAGGACCUGAGAGCCAACUUCUACUGCGAGCUGUGUGACAAGCAGUACCUCAAACACCAGGAGUUUGACAACCACAUCAACUCCUACGACCACGCACAUAAACAGAGGCUGAAGGAGCUGAAGCAGCGAGAGUUCGCCAGGAAUGUCGCAUCCAGAAGCCGCAGGGACGACAGGAAACAGGAGAGGGCGCUGCGACGGCUGCACCAGCUAGCAGAGCAGAGGAGGGAGGCAGCAUGUGCUCCAGGGAGUGGGCCCAAGUUCAAGUCAACUACUGUGGCGGUGGAAAGCAGCGUUUGGCACACCUGCAGCCGAGACACCUUCCACAUGGACGCGUGCAGUAGAGAACCCCUGCUGGACGGGCCCUCAGACUGCCAGAACCCCUCCCUCCAAGGGGCGGGGCACCACACCCAGUCCUCCACCAGCCCCUCCCCCAGCUGCAGCUGCAGCAGACAGGCCUCGUGGCCCUCCAGUGGCAAGGUCAAGAGGCAGACGUCCAGACGCAAGGUAGCCUUCUCCAUCUCCCUGCCCAAGAGAGCCUCUCUGAGGCUGGAGCCGUCCGCUGCCGUGUUCUGCGAGAGCAGGGAGGAGGGAGCCAGAGACUGGGCCGGGAGACAGAGAGUCUCCCUGCCUCUCAUGGACCUCCUCUCCUCCCCUGUUGUGGACCACAGCAGGGACACUGAGGAGACGGGACUCGACCACAGCAGGGACACUGAGGAGACAGGUCUUGACCACAGCAGGGACACUGAGGAGACGGGACUCGAACACAGCAGGGACACUGGGGAGACGGGACUCGACCACAGGGAUGACGCUGGCGUACAAAACAAGGACCUCCCUCACCCUGCCCUCUCUCCAGACAGAUGCAAGGUAGGGGUCGCGGGUCAUGGGCCAUCUCAUGGAUGGGAAGCACCAGACCCUGAAAUGUGUGCUCCUGUGUUGGGCUCUGGGGAAGGAGCCAAUCCUCUCAACCUCCCUCCAGGCCCAGCCGUCUCCAACAGCAACACCGCAGCCUCUGACGCUGGUGCCACCACUGCUCUCACAGAGAGCUCAGAGGACUCACUAGCGCACAGCUCUCCUCAGAGCAGCCAGGAAACCAUAGAACCAGAGAGGCAGGAGACCAGAGAGCAUGUCCCUGGAGGAGAGGACAGUUUGCCUGGGGAGGAGAGCCAGCCAGUCAACCUUUCUAUGGAGACGAUCCCCUCUGAGACUCCCUGCUCUUCUCCCCACAACCCAGAGGUACAGAGAUUGACAAGUUCACCUCUCAACAGUCCCAGUAACCCUCCCUGCGGCCCAAGCCAGCCUAUCUCCAGACCCAGCCAGCCUAUCUCUAACUCCAGCCAGCCUCUCUCCAGACACAGCCAGCCUCUCUCCAGACCCAGCAGGCCGUUCUCCUCAGUAGUGAGCCGGGACGGAAGCACGGUGCUCCAGUGGCCGUCAGAGAUGCUGAGCUUCACCCAGACACAGCCCUGCUUGUCUUACAGCUGCAACCCCCUUCUCUUUGACUUCAGGGCCUCUCAGGGAAGGACGAGCCAGUCUUUACCCUCAUUGGCAGAGAAGUCCGACACCAGCCCGGAGGAGCCAAUAGAUAUGGACCGAGAUAGCAAAGAGGCGUGCCUCAACCAGGACCUCAGUCCAGUCAAGAACGCGUGUGAAGAGAGCACGCUCCAGAAGCACCAGGCCUCCCUCAGCAGAUGUGAGCCUUCGGACAGUCACGGCCACUCAUGCCCAAGACGAGCCGAGAGGUGGAGGAGCAGGGACGGCCGCCAUUACAGGAGCCACAGGAAAAAGAAGAGGCGCAGGAGGAGAAGGAGACGACGAGAAGAAAGGCGGGAGGAUUCCGACGGGGGAGCGAGAGAUGUGGGGAAUUGCUGCGCAUUUCAGAGACGAGCCGAGUGUUGGGAGGGACUUGAUAGCCAAUUUAGAGGCCCCACUUCACAGCAAGUGCAGCCAUUAGACAAGUCAAAGCAAUCAGCUCAGAGCGUUGCUGCCGCUGCCGAGGUGGAGGAGGAGGGAGAGAGGGAGGAGGAGGAGAAGAAGGAGCAGCAGCAGCAGCAGAGAGAGGACAUGGAGGAGGGGGAGGGGGGGGAGGAGGGAGGGCUUGGGGCAGGCUUGGCCGAGGAGGUGGGCAGCAGGAGACAGGGCCCAGCAGGAGGUCUAAACGAGCCAGCAGGAAUUCUUUCUGAUGAGACUUCCGUAAACACAGGCCAGGUGCUGGGGAGCCGCAGGGGAGAGCAUUUACUGACAGAACUACAGACAGGUCCAUCACAGACACAAACACGUCUGAAAGAAUCCCAGCCGCCAGAACAGAUGCAGACAGAACUUGCACGGAUAGAGACAGAGCCAUCUCAAACGCACCCGAAACUGACAGCGGAACCACAUACAAGGAUUCUACGGACCGGAGAAGAACAGACAGAUCGACAACUGAGGGAAUUAGAACCUGCGCCCUCGCAACAGCCAUACUUACACGGCUGCCACAAGAGCCCAAACCACCGCCCACCUCCGCAAUCACCUGAGAGAGGAGAGAGUUUGUGUAAUGAAGGGGUGGGCAUGCACAGCGUGCAUGGGGAGACUCUGCUGAGCGUGGGGAGAAAGCGGAGUGCAAGCCGACCAGAGAUGGAAGAGGACUGUGGAGUCAGGACUGGGUCAGGACUGGGGGCCAAGGGCUCCUGUGGUCCAGAGAGAGCUGUGACUGACCUGGGGGCAGGCUCUGGGGCUGGGGGGUCUAAGGGGUCCGGUGGGAUGGGGGCAUGUGCUGAGGCUGGGGCAUCGGGGUGUGUCUGCUGUCAGGACAGUCCCCAUCAAUGGAAGAGACCACGGAUGUACAGUGCCAGACCUCUGAACUCUCCACCUCCCCAGGACACUGGGACAAAGCUUGAUAGAAACGUGGGAGAUCUAGCGAACACAACCACAAAAUGCCUUCAUCUUGGAGAAUCCCUUUGCAGUUCCGGUGCCCAGCUUGCUUCGCAAGAUAGUGUGGUUUCCCCAGCUUGCUCCUCACAGCCCAAGACCAGCUCGGUAUCUCCCCCCUCUCUACCUGUGACUGUCGACCCCUCUCCAGCCUCACCUGACUCCCCCCAAGACAGGGCUAUAGACCAUCCGAGAGGACCUGGGGCAGACCAUGAAAGUCCUCCUGAAAAAGGAGCUGUCUCCCUGUUGGUUCAAACCCCUAGCCACAGUGUCCCCAGUCAGCAACUACCCACCCCCUCCAUCCAAAGACCAUGUAGCCCCUACCAAAGGCCAUCUAGCCCCUUCCACAGAGCUACUAGCCCUGCUUGUACUUACCACAGGUCAGCUAGUCCCUACCAUAGAGCUCCCAGCCCAUAUGCUAAUCCAGCUAGCCCAUAUGCUACCCAAGCUAGCCCAUAUGCUAAUCAAGCCAGCCCGUAUGCUACCCCAUCUAGCCCCUAUGCUAAUUCAGCUAGCCCAUAUGCUACUCCAGCUAGCCCGUAUGCUAGGCCAUGUUUCCACCCCCAGGGUGAGCCGGGCCCAGGAGUGGAGAGGCAUGGCUGCCUGGUUCAGAUCCACACCCACAGGCACCUCCUCCAGCAGGUGUUUCCUGCCAAGAUCAAGGGCGUCCUCCCAGGUUCACCUGUCCAUGUGUCUCCGCCCCCCAUGCUUCACCCUGUCCACCUGACCUCCGGUUCCAUCACCCUCCUCCAACACCACACUGCCUUCCUUCCCCCCCAGCCUCCUCUCUACCCUCAAGUCUGCCCUCCGCCUGCCCCCCCUCCUCCCUACCCCACCCCACCUCAACUCUCUGUGGUGGCCCCCCCUAGUUUGCACCCCAUGACCAUGACCUUUCACCCCCUCCCAGGUCCUCCCCUCUACCCGUCUCUGUUGCAGUCACGCCCCCUCCUCCCUCUGCAACCCAUGUUCUAGCCACGCCCCCUCCACUAGCCACGCUCCCUCCCCUACAACCCAUAUUCUAGUCAAGCCCCCUCUUCUAUCCACGCGCCCUCCCCUGCAACCCAUGUUCUAGCCACGCCCCCUCCUCUAGCCACGCCGAUUCCUUCACCUGCAACCCAUGUUCUAGCCACGCCCCCUCAUCUAGCCACGCCGAUUCCUUCACCUGCAACCCAUGUUCUAGCCACGCCCCCUCCUCUAGCCACGCCGAUUCCUUCACCUGCAACCCAUGUUCUAGCCACGCCCCCUCCUCUAGCCACGCCGAUUCCUUCACCUGCAACCCAUGUUCUAGCCACGCCCCCUCAUCUAGCCACGCCGAUUCCUUCACCUGCAACCCAUGUUCUAGCCACGCCCCCUCAUCUAGCCACGGCCCCUCCUCCCCCUGAAACACAUGUUAUAGCCACGCCUUCUCCUCUACCCACACCCCCUCUUCUAGCGAUGCCCAUUCAUCCCCCUGAAGCCCAUGUUCUAGCCAGUCAGAGCAUGUCACUUAUCUUGGAGUUUUACAGGGAAUGGAGGCGAACAAGAAAACAAGAUUUAAGAGUAGUUCGAGUUUCAACAGUAGACUUGAUUGUUAAAGUGCACAGUAGAGAUAGAGAAGGAGAUGAGGAGACUAUAUGUACAAUUCAGGGGCUAAGUGCUUUUUAUUAUUACUGUUCCGGUUAACAUGUUCCCCUCUGAGAGACAGCCAAGCUGGAGUAACAGAGGAGGAACAUCACGAGAGAUAUCCUACAAUCUGUAGAUUGCUCGAAAAUCCAACCCCUCUAGAAUGCAAUUCCGGUUCAUCAUGAACAGAAGCACAAUAUAACUCAAAUAUAAGCCUUUGUGUAGGUGAUAUGCAUUCUAAAUAUUGUAUUCCAGUGGUCAGAAGGGAUACCCCUUAAGAAAUGUGACCCCAAGCAUUUAUUCACGCAAUGAAAUGUGUCUUAGUGAAGGAGAGGACCUAUCCAGUUUAAACCCUGUAACUCUUAAUAACAACGUGUCACCAUGUUAUUUGGUAGUCGUCUAGGUCAGUGGCUCCCAACCCUGGUCCUCAGGGAACACCUGUCCUGCAUGUUUUAGAUGUUUCCCUGCUCCAACACACCUGAUUCAAAUGAAUGGGUCGUUAUCCAGCUCUGCAGAAGCCUGCUUAUGACCAUUCAUUUGAAGCAGGGAAACAUCUAAAACAUGCAGGUGUUCCCUGAGGACCAGGUUUGGGAACCACUGGUCUAGGUAGCUUGUAGCUCGUUUUCCCUGUUCAGAGGUUUCCCAGUUUGAACUCAAGUGGAAUUAUCAGUCUUGUUAUGGCUACCAUGCAGAGCACCGUCUCACAAGGUGUGUGACGGUGUGAGUCACAUCUGCAGACAGGACAACCAGUCUGUACAUGUAUGUCACGUGUGGGUUAGUCUGCCACCCAUGCAGGCUAAGGGAUAAGUCUGUUGGUUGACCUAGAGAGUAGGUGGGUUAACCAGGUAUCUAGUUAGCAUUAGCCUCCUGGUAGCCCUUUGUGGAGCUGUGUUAGAUUCCUGUCCUAGGUAGCUCAGGUGUUGGGCUGCAUAAUCCUCUAGCUUUAGAGAAAUUGUACAUGUUGUAAACUAGACAUAUUUAUAAUCCACUGCAGAAUUUAUUGUAACAUACAGUUCUGUUUUUAUAGUGAAAUGUAUGCUAUUGUAUUGUUAUUUAGAUAAAAAAUAUGUUUUUACACCAACAUUUGUCAACAGAAUAAUGUUGAAUUAAAAUGAAUAAAGUAGAUAU